GUGAGUGGUUGGGUCUGACAGCUCAAGAUACAGAAUGUACAUUGAAUGACAGGAGUAUGGGCAGGAAAAACAACUGUUCUUAGAAAGACUCUAAACUUACAAUAACAUCUGGUUACAUCCUUAUAUUCAUCCACAUCAGCUAAACAACAUUUUUUUGUGUGUGCAUGAGCAUAUGCGUGUGCAUUUGCAUCUCUAAAUUUUGACUGUGAACAUAUUUCUACACAACACAGAAGAUGGCUUCAAUUGGAGACCCACCUCAAGAAUCAGAUCUGAGGAUUAUCCUAAUUGGACCCCGUGAGGUAAACGUGGCUUCAAUUGGAAACAUCAUCCUUGGAAGUGAAGUGUUUGUGUCUCAGAAUAGUAGCAAGUGCAUAAAGAGAGAUGGAGAGAUAGCUGGUAGAAAAGUAACAGUGGUAGUCACACCUAAUCGAUGGUCCAGACUUCCUCUGAUUGACACAUCAGAGCAUGAUAAAGAAGAACUAAUGCUCAGUAUGAUUCUGUGUGAGCCUGGACCUCACGCCAUUCUUCUAGCCGUUGGUGAGGAGGAGGUCACAAAGGACAUGGCUUUCUCAAUGGAGGAGCACACAGAGCUUCUUGGCCAGGAAGUUUGGGAUCAUACAAUAUUAUUAUACUCAUGUGGCAAACAGCAAGAAAAAUGUGUUAAGGGAUCAGGAAAAGCUUUCAAGAGGAUUGCAAAUAAAUGUGGACACAGAUAUCACAUUCUCAGUGACACAAAUCAAGGUGAUAGUAUUCAGGUCAGAGAACUACUAAAGAAGAUAGAUGACAUGGUACAGAAAAACAAAGGCAAACACUGUGAGAUACACGGGAAGAUCUACCUUAUUCAGAAAAGGAGGGAAGCUGAAGAUAGACGAGCAGAACAAAGGCUACAAAAGACAAAGGAACUGAGAGAGAUGCUGAGAUCAAAAAUGGGAAGCACAAGCCACAGUUCUGAGAUCAGAAUUUUGCUAACAGGUUAUCAGUUUUCUGGAAAAAGCUCAACAGGAAACACAAUCCUGACACAGGAAGCAUUUGUGACAUUUCCAAAAAAGAGGAUGUCAAAGUGUGUAAAAAGUGAAGGAGACGUUCAAGGAAGGCAUGUUACUGUAGUGGAUACUCCAGGACGAUGGAGAAUUCACACAGUCGAGUACACUACUGAGCUUUGCAAUCAGGAACUGUUGCUUAGCGUAACUCAGUGUCCACCAGGACCCCACAUUUUGCUUGUGUUUGUUCGUUUAGACAUUUCCUUCACUGAAAGGAGCAAGAAGACAAUUGAGGGUCACUUGCAGCUUUUUGGUGAGAAUGUUUGGAGACACACCAUGGUACUGUUCACCUGUGGGGACUUUCUGGGAGAAACAACGAUUGAGCAGUUUAUUGAAACUGAAGGGAAAGCUCUGCAGUGGCUAGUGCAGAAAUGUAACAACAUGUACCAUGUGUUCAACAACAACAAUAAGGAUGAUCGCUCUCAGGUUUCUGAGCUGCUGGAAAAGAUUGAUGAGGUUGUUGCUAGUAACAGUGGUGGCCAUUUUGAAAUGGACCAGAGGGUUUUGCAAGAGGUCCAAGAGAAGAGGGAGAUGGCAGGAAACAAAGCUAAAGAGAGGAGACUGAUGGCAGAAGACCAAGCUAAAGAGAGGAGACUGAUGGCAGAAGACCAAGCUAAAGAGAGGAGACUGAUGGCAGAAGACCAAGCUAAAGAGAGGAGACUGAUGGCAGAAGAGGCACAAAGAGGAUCAACUAGUUCAAUAUCUGAAAAAGGAGCCUUGUCUAGUGAUCCUGAGGUCAACAUUGUAUUAAUUGGUUAUAGAAAAGCUGGAAAGACCACAACUGGAAACAUUAUGUUAGGCAAAAACAUUUUUUCCAGACAAAAGACUUUUCAGAGUGAGCAGCAACAUGGACAAGUAGCAGGAAGACAGGUAGUUGUAGUAGACACUCCAGGCUGGGACUGGGUCCAUGAUUUGGAGGAAACACCUGAGCUUGACUGGCAGAUAGUGCAGUGUGUUCACACUCAUUGUUCCAAAGGUGCACCGGUUAUUUUCCUUUUGUUUGUACGAGCAGCUUUUUCCUUCAAAGAGGCAAACAGACGCAUUGCUGAAGAAUAUCUGCAUCUUCUUGGUGACUGCGUCUGGAAUCACACCAUAGUGCUGUUCACUACUGGGUCCUGGAUGGAAGACAUAGACAUAGAACUGCACAUUGAGAGUGAAGGGGAUGCACUGCAGUGGCUUGUAGAAAAAUGUGGGAACAGAUACCAUGUUAUGGACACUAAAGGAAAGAAAGCAGCUGUACAAGUCCCUGAACUGAUGAGAAAGAUUGAACAAGUAGUGGCAAAUAACAAGAGCUGUCCUUUUCAGUUAGACAAAAAAAUCUGUGAGAAAUUUGAGAAGAAAUGUUCCACUGUCAGCAAUCAAACCUCACAAAGGAUGUUACACGCCAGAAAGGAACAAGGCAGCAUGAGCUGGAUUCCACCUAACAUGCAUGAUGAUGAUUAUGAUGAAGAUGAUAAGAGCUCUGGCUUUGGCUCAUCUCUAUCAAUGCAGCCUGUGAUGCCAAUGCAGUCUUCUCCAUCAUUAAGGGAUAGAUUACGCUCCAACAGGGGUAGGUCACGCUCAACAACUUCACUUCAGUAAGAGCAGAAUUCUGAGAGAUCUGUCGUUUCCCAUCCACUCUAAAGCAGAUCCUGACACACCAGUUUGAAAUCUAUAAGAGAACAAACAGAAGACAAGAGACUGAAAAAUGAGUUAGAGAAAACAUAAAAUUAACUGUACAUAAAGUCUGUAUACUGUUUUUAUUAUUUGUAUUUAAGUAUGACAUUAGUAUAAGAUAUUACAUAAGGAAUAAAUGUAGGAAAAUUUUGUAAUACCUAAUUUGUGAUUUAUACCUUGUUAUAUAUUUGUUAUAUACUUGGUGUAAGCAGAGAAACUUAUAUUAAUAAAAUGUACUCAAAAUGUAUACAAAAACUUGUUAUAAAUCUUAUGUAUUUAUAGGUUGUGGGCUAUGAAGGAGAAAUACUAAAGGAACUAGGGCUCUAUUUUGCCACACUUUAAAUGUGCUCUUGUUAUUGUUGUUAUUAUUAUUAUUAUUACUUCUACUACUAUCUGUACAUAUGUCUUUUGUACAUUAGCAAUGAGAGCA